AGAGUCCACUGGGUGCUUGCUUUACAUCCGACCCAGUGCAUUGCACUUGGUGCUGUAAGGCUUGGAUGCAGAUGCUCGGCCAUGGAAACCCAUUCCAUGAAGCUCUCCACGCAUUGUUGCUGUGCUAAUCUGAAGGCCAGAGGAACUUUGGAGGUCUUUAACUACUGACUCAGUUGACCGUGGAAUAUUUAGUAGCAAGGAAAUUUCAUGGAUGGACUUAUUGCACAGGUAGCAACCUAUCAUGGUACCACACUUGAAUUCACUGAAUGGAUCGCUCCUGAGAGCAAUCCAUUCUUUCACAAUACUGACUCAGUUGACCGUGGAAUCGCUUCUAACA